AUGUCAUUGCACAUCUACAUUGCUCACACUGGUGAGCAUUUCUUAGCAGAUCCGGUGUCGUUCGCCUCCCCCGACGCCCUACGGUCAUGGAUUGCCCGCCAUACUUCCAUACCCUCCCAGAGACAGAUCUUGAUGACUGCCCGGGGGAAGAAUGUCAAGAUCCAGUCACUGGCGAUAGAGGAUGAGAUCUUCGUGUACGACCGCGGCUACGUCAGUGAACCAGGCAACGUCGACCUCCCGCAACUUCCGGCUCCACAACCCUUACGACCCGAUAACCCUCCCGAUACCCUUGCAAACCAAAACGACUUACAAUCAUGGCGGAAUCUAUACAUGGCCCGGAGAUCGUGGGCGUUUGGCCUAGCAGAGCGGUGCAAGUCCAUUGACAGGAGCGUGCGGGAGCACAACGAACGGACCGAUAUCAUCAAUCGAGGAGUGGGUGUCGCUCUCGAGAACCUCAAGUCACAUGUCGGAAGUCUAGAACAGCGAUUUACAGAAGCGCAAGCCUGGGCACGCGAUCUCCUGAAGGAACAACGGGCAGCUCUGGAGGGGUGGCAACGGGCCCUAAAUACAUUGGGGAGUAUUCCGGCCCGCAAGGAAUUCUCGUUCCUGGGACGUCCGUCGACACCGACGAAGGACCAAGAUAGGCCGUCGGGGACAUUACGGGAUUUCGUGGACGUGGAAGAAGUGCGGAGAGCUGGAGCAGAUGCCUCCAUCGUGUCUCCGCGCUUCGCUGGUCAAGUGGAGGAUAUCGAGCAGUCCGUUGCUGCAAUUGUAUCGGAUACUCAGCGUCUAAUCCAAGACGCUUUACCAUCAGGUGCAGAAGGAGUGGACGGACUGCUUGAGGAGGUGGAAACUCUCACCAAGAAAAUCAGUUCUGACUAUGAGCAUGUUCUGGCGCUGCCCAGCAACCAGAAAACGCUAGCCAACAUCUCUCGACUCGCUUUGAGCCAUACCCAGGACAUCUUACCUUCCCUGCUCGACAUUGCUACGGAACUCCAAACCGCACUGGACAACGCCAUUGCCCGGUAUAACGACGUCAUGAAAGGUUCUCUCAGCCAUAUGCAUGUCAUUUCAUCGAUCGAAUUCCGCCUCGCAGAUAUGCAAAAUCAACUGCUCAACCUUGAUGUACAAGGUGACUCGUUUGAGGUUAUCUACUCUGUUUUUCACAUGCCCAUGAUUUAUGGGUCCAUCCUUGUCGAGUCCGUUCGGCGGCGUGAAUGGAACGACAAAAUGAAAAGCGAUUCGUUAACACUAGCGGAGGAGAUGGCUGUGUUUAGAGACGAGGAGCAACGUCGCCGAAAGAAGUGGAUGAAGAACAUGGGAGAAUACUUGUCGCUUCCUGAUGGCGCUGUCCCUGGGAUUGAAGUGAACUUGCAGGGCCAGGACCAUGAAUGGCCCGAAGUCAGUAGGAAGGAGAUUGAGACAUAUCUCGAGGAGCUAAAGGGCAAACCGGGGCUGGCCACCAUAGCCCAAGAGCUAACCCAGAUGUAUAAAGACUUGGAUGCACCCACGCGCCAACAAAGGCGCAGAGCCAAGGCAUUCAAACAAGGCAGUAUCUUUGACAUGGGUAGGAGCUCCUUCUUACUGCGUGGUGAUGAGAUGGUUCGAAGUCUUAAAGACGAGAAGACCAAGCUUGAGGAUCGACUGAGAGGUUCGGAAAGCCGUAUCCGCAAACUCGAAGAUCUUCUUCAUCGCCAGAGUCACAUGAACCGGCCAGCAAGUUGCCAUUUUGGCGUUGAAUUCCCCGCCUCGCCAGCGUCUGCUCACCCUGAUCCGAUGUCCAGGCGUUCGUCCGUCUCGUCAAGGCGGAUGUCGACAAAUCAGUCUACAGAAGAGAAAGCAUUGGCCCAGCGCAUUGUUUCGCUUGAGGCUGAGUUGGCUGCUGAGAGGGAGUCAGUACAGCGGCUGCAGAAAGAAGCCCAUGCUGAGCGACAGUCCAACACGGACAAAAUCCACGAGGAACAGUCAACGAAAAAGGAUCUCAUGGGCAAUCUUGAAUCUCAGCAGCGUGAGUUCGAGGAAGAACGCAAAAUGCUCGAAGAUGAGGUGAAGCGGUUGACAUGCGAGUAUGAAGAGGUCGAGGAGGCACUAUACAAGGAAAUGGACAGUCACGAACACGAACGGCAAGACCUCGAUGAGCGGAUACACCAGCUGGAAUUGGAGCUGCAAGACGCUCAUUCAAGUGCUGAGAGUAGGGCGAACAACUUGACAGAAGAGGCGGAAUCCGAGAGACAGAGUCUCCGGGAGAAGGUCAACGAGUUGGAGAAGCAAGACGCGGAACGGCAGAAACGGGAUCAGGAGAAUUGCAAUGCUCUGCAAACUGCACUUAUGAAUCUGUCUCCCGGUGGCGUGGUGCCUGAUGACAUUCCUGGCAUCAUCAAGGCAAUUGAGGUUCUGUCGGAGGGUCUGUCGAUACACGCUAAGCGUGCUGAUGAGAAUGCGGCCAACGCCACGGCUGAGUGUAAAACUCUCGAGGAGCGCUUAAGUCAGAUGGAGUCCGAGAUUGAGGAAUUGAGGAAGACCUCGGAAACACGCCAAGCCGACCUAUCUGCUGUGACAUUAGAGUUGAAUGACGAACGGUCAAAACUCGAAGACCUUCAAUCUCAAUUUGUGGCCGGCGAAACUGGCUCCGACGCCCUGCGACAACGUGUGGCAGAGGAGGAACAGAAAUUGUCCGAGUUGUCUCAGAAAUUGGCCGAUGCGGAGGCCAAGGCACGUCAAUCCGAGGAGGAGCUUACUACCUGGAAGAACAAGGUCGCAGCCGCAUCGCAGUCUGAGCAGAAAGCUGCAUCUCGGAACGCAACCCGGAGGUCACGAUCGGAAGAGCUUUCAAAACAGCUCUUUGGAGUUGUUGAACGGUUUGGACGCAUGCUCGAGCAGUUGGGCUUUAUCGUCGUCAGACAGAAUGGCAACAUUGUGGUCCAGAGAGCGUCGAAGGUCAAUGCUUCCACCGAAAACCUCUCCCAAUCUGACAUUGUCUCGCUCAAGCCCGAUCCUGACGUUAUGAAUUGGAUGGAUGCUGAUAGCUCCGAGGAAGAGACGGACCGCUUCAUGUUCUUCAUGGAGACUUUAUACCAAUUCGAUGUGGACGUCUUUGGGGAUGCGGUUGUCAAGCGUGUCAAGGAUAUCGAAUUGCUUGCCCGUAAGUGGCAGAAAGAAGCCCGCGGAUACAGGGAGAAGUACCAUCGGGCGCACAGCGACGCCCAUGAUAAGAUCGCCUACCGCUCCUUCAAGGAAGGUGAUCUUGCCCUGUUCCUCCCAACUCGGAACCAAGCCAUCCGCUCCUGGGCUGCGUUCAACGUCGGAGCACCUCACUAUUUCCUACGUGAACAGGACGCCCACAAGCUCCAGGCCCGCGAUUGGCUACUCGCUCGUAUCACCAAGAUUGAAGAGCGAGUCGUCGACUUAUCCAAGUCAUUGAAUGGCACCAACCCCGACCGACGAUCCGUGGGCGAAGUUAGCGACGGCAUGUCCGUCGACGAAGAAAACCCAUUCGAAUUGUCCGACGGCCUCCGCUGGUAUCUCGUGGACGCCACGGAAGAGAAACCCGGUGCCCCCGCGACACCAGGUCUGGGUAAGAGCACCGUUGCGUCUGCGCAUGUCGACGCAAAAGGCAGCAUUCGGUUAGGACGCCCAUCCUCCGCAGGAAACGUUGCCAAAACGUUAACCAAGAGCCUGGAUAGUCGACGGAACAGUUCCAAUUCCAAGAAGGGACCCUCGUCUCAGCUUGCCAACGAUUCUACGACGGAUCUCACUCGCGUUGAUGAGGCUGAGUCUAGCUCUCGGCCACAGGAGACAGCUGACGAGGUUCGCCGUGACCCGCCUCAGGGCACUUGA